AUGAUUUUAGCAAAAACUGUUCUGAAAUUACCGGAGACUUUCUCCCAUUCUCCGGCGCUCACGUGCUAUCUUCCCUGCGACUACCUCGUUUAUCAUGGAUCGACCUUACGCCUUAUAGAUGAAGUUGACCGGGACAUCCCCUGGGACUCCUUAACCCAAAUAGUAGAUAAUAGUUCCCUUGAGCUACCUUAUAACCCUCCAGAGGGCAACCCUCUAUUGCAAUUCGAGCUACGUGCUCGUCAAGCCCAUGUAACAGUAAAUGCCAACCAACCUGUAGACCCCAUCGUAGAGCGAGCCUCUGGUGCUAUGGUACUAACCUGA